CAGCUGCGACUCACUUAACAGCAAGAAAGACAGCUCUGUGAGACGCUGCAUACUUUACAAACAACUGUUAAAACCUUUGGAAAUAUCCACCAGUAAGCAGGAAACCAUCUCAUCAUGUGUAGAGGACUCGAAUCGCUGCCUAUUACCUGCCUGGAGAGGGCAAAGGAGCUGAAAGCUUUGUUUGGAAGUUUACUACAGAAGUCAGAUCACAGCAUCACUGGCCAGUCAAAGAAAAAUGACAAACUGAGGUUAAAUGUCGACGAGCCUUUGAAAUGGAAGGAGUCGUUUGACAAACUGUUGUCCAGUCAAAAUGGACUGUGCCUGUUCAGAGCCUUCCUGGUCUCAGAGUUCAGUGAAGAAAACAUUGCCUUCUACUUGGCUUGUGAGGACUACCAGACAACUAAACCUUCAAAACUGGCCACCAAAGCCAAGAAAAUUUACGACGAGUUCAUCGGCUCUGAUGCGCCACGAGAGGUAAAUCUUGAUCACGUGACCAAAGCCAUCACAAAGGAGAACAUGGAGCAUCCCAGACAGUCCUGUUUCGAACUGGCGCAAGCCAAAAUCUACAACCUGAUGGAGAAAGACUGCUACCCUCGCUUCCUCAAAUCCUCCAUAUACGUAGAGGUCAGCAGAAAGGCCAAGACAGCGUAACAAACUUUAAAAAAAACAUCCUGCAAGCAGCAGAUGAGACGUGAUCACUCCUCAAAAGGGACAUAAGCUUACUGACGCACAGCAGAGACUGGAAAGGUUCAAGUGGAACAAAUACCUCAGUCCAAGGAGUUUGGUGCCAGGUUGUGGAGUUAUUUUGGAGACGGGAGGUUGCAUACUGAUUGGGGUCCGAGCUGGAAGCUAAAGGACACAUGAAGCUGUGAGAAGAGACGGACACAGACUGAGCUGUCUGCCUCUGAAAGAGACACGUAUACUGUACAUACAUGGCUGCAUGAACGGCAGCCACAGUGGCAUCAAUUUUAAAUUGCAGAGAGAUAUAAAUGAGUUGCUUUCACACAACAAAUCUACCACAGGGAGAGACUCCUGUAGCACCAGUGUUUGUUUAUUUAUUAUCUAUUUAUUUAAAGUUCAUUUUUAUUCUGUGAAUGUUUGUUGUGCAACUGGUUGGUGAAAACUGGUUUGUAUUUUAUAUGUUUUUCUAUCUGAAGUACUGUAUGUAAAGAUUGAAUAAAAGAUUACCAAUUUGCA